GCAGGAUUAACCCUGGCCCUGCUGCGAGCCGGGGGCUGCGGGCGCCAGGAGCACGGCAUUAACGUGUUAACUCGCUCACACACCCGAGCACAGCGAUCUCCCUCCCCCUCCCCCUAUUUUUUUUUCUUUUCCUUUCCCCCAUAAUUAACCCAUUUUAACAGCGGAUCGCUGCCCGCUCUAGAAGACCUCGCUUAGCGACGCCGGCAGCGAUUUUUCCGGGCGGAUCUGCCGGCACGCCUGCCUUCCCCCGGAGCACAAAGGAGGCCCGUCGCUCCAUCCUCCCCAUCCUCCCCAUCGCUGCCGUCCUUCCCGCAGGCUCUGCCGGGGGAUCCCGGCGCCGCUGCGGGGCCGCUGCCAGCGCUCGGCGGGCUGCCAUGGGUGGGAGGUAGCGCUGCUGCGCCUGGGCGAAGGACGCCGAUGGAUGCUGCCGCUCCUUAGGGAGCGCUGGCCGGGGACGGGCUCGGCCGUGCCUGCUCAGCACUUGGCGGUCCGGCGCUCGCAGGAUGCCGGCGGUGAUUUAAAGCAGCGGCCGGGAGGCUGCGGCGAGGCGGAGCGGCUGCGGAGCCACCACCAUGAAGGAGCGGCGCUCCGGCAGCACCUGACCGGAGGGAUGGAUGCUUCUGCCUGAGCAGCAGCGGCGCCGCCGAGAGCCCCGAGUGAGCCCCAAGCCCUCGCCGCGGCAAGUUCGCCUUCGCGGGCCGGCGGCAGCGCGGGCAGGCAGCGCGGCGCUCCCGGAGCUCGGCGGGUCCCAGCUCGGGGCUCUGCCGGCCGUGCCCGGCAGCUGCAGCCCGUGCGGGGCCGGGGGUCCGCCCGCCCCCCGGCCGGGGCGCCGCGGGCGCGAUGCAAGUGUCCAUCGCCUGCACGGACCACAACUUGAAGAGAAAUGGUGAAGACAGGCUCAUCAGCAAGCAGAACACCACCACGCCGAACGUAGUGAAUGCAGCCCGGGCGAAAUUCCGGACAGUGGCUAUUAUCGCUCGCAGUUUGGGGACAUUUACCCCGCAGCACCACAUUUCAUUAAAAGAAUCCACCGCAAAGCAAACGGGCAUGAAAUAUAGAAACCUUGGGAAGUCCGGGCUGAGAGUGUCGUGCCUGGGGUUGGGGACCUGGGUCACUUUUGGAGGUCAGAUCUCAGAUGAGGUGGCCGAGCAGCUGAUGACCAUCGCCUACGAGAGCGGCGUGAACCUGUUCGACACGGCCGAGGUGUACGCGGCCGGCAAGGCCGAGGUGAUCCUGGGGAACAUCCUGAAGAAGAAGGGCUGGAGGAGGUCCAGUCUGGUGAUAACCACAAAGCUGUACUGGGGUGGCAAGGCAGAGACGGAGCGAGGCCUGUCCAGGAAGCACAUCAUCGAAGGGCUGAAGGCUUCCCUCCAGAGGCUGCAGCUGGAAUAUGUGGACGUGGUCUUUGCCAACCGGCCGGACAACAACACCCCCAUGGAAGAAAUCGUGCGGGCGAUGACGCACGUGAUCAACCAGGGCAUGGCCAUGUACUGGGGCACGUCCCGCUGGAGCGCCAUGGAGAUCAUGGAAGCCUACUCGGUGGCCAGGCAGUUCAACAUGAUCCCACCCGUGUGUGAGCAGGCCGAGUAUCACCUGUUCCAGAGGGAGAAGGUGGAGGUGCAGCUGCCAGAAUUGUACCACAAAAUCGGGGUGGGAGCAAUGACGUGGUCUCCCCUGGCCUGUGGGAUCAUCUCAGGGAAAUAUGGCAACGGGGUCCCUGAAAGCUCAAGGGCUUCACUCAAGUGCUACCAGUGGCUGAAGGAGAAGAUCAUCAGCGAGGAGGGCAGGAAGCAGCAGGGCAAGCUGAAGGACCUGUCCCCCAUCGCCGAGCGCCUCGGCUGCACGCUGCCACAGCUGGCUGUUGCAUGGUGCCUGAGGAAUGAGGGGGUGAGCUCUGUCCUUCUGGGAUCCUCCAACCCCGAGCAGCUGAUCGAGAACCUCGGAGCCAUCCAGGUCCUUCCAAAGAUGACAUCCCACAUUGUAAAUGAAAUAGAUAAUAUCCUGGGCAACAAGCCCUACAGCAAGAAGGACUACAGAUCCUAAUGCAAUGCAUGAAUUUCCUGGACUGCAUGGUUUAGAAGUGCUCUGUACUCCAGUACAGCCCUGAAUUACUCUCAUGAGAAUCAUUCAGCACUUGCUGCUCGGUGUCUACUGUCACUGGAUCCUUCGAGAUGUGUGCUCUUGCUACUACUCUGCAGUGAAUUUAAAAGCACAGUUGAUCUCUCUUCUAACCAAGAAUAACCUUGUAUUUUCUUACCUUCUUGACCGAGUUCAUUAAUUUUUACUUUACUCUUUGCACCUCAUGCUUGUGCUGUGACAAACACUUGUAAAGCAAAAAAAAAAAAAAAAAGAAAAAAUUUAUAACCUUCAGGUACUUGGUAAUUAAAGAAGGAUGUACAGAUCUAUUUUUUCAAUGAAGAAAAGCCAGAUACAACUUCAGGUUUUAAUAAAACCAUGUUUGGGAAAUCUCAACUAUAAAGUUUCUUCAGGUUAACAGAUGGAAGGAUCAAGCUGAGACUUUGCUUUUUUACGCUGAAUAGAAGCUCUAGGAUUUCUUUGUAGUUGAAUGAAGGCUGUAAGACAGAGAACUAGUUAGCAAUUAGAUAGUUCAGCUCCUAAUUUUCCAGCUGUUCCAGCUGUGGAAUGCUCCUGGGCAGCACCCUGGAGCAGUGCUAGGAAGCCCAAACACGCAUGUCAGGUUACUGAGCACGACAGCUCUGCAAAGUUCUACUUCUCCAUAAACCUUAAGCCAAGAAAGCCAUGAUCAAAUAUUGGGUUUUGCAUCUAUAGAAACCUGCCUCUACUUCUACCUGCUUGUAGACAGAGCUACUGCAAAUUUCAAUAUUCAGGAGCUUUUAAGGAUCUAGAUACUAUAAAUAUAUACAAUAUAUAGCUGCUGAGAACUGCAGGAACAAUCAGGUACGUACUCCAAAAGGCUACCCCUGCUUCCACUUGCUUUGGAACCGGGGAUCAGUAAAUGCACAGACACAUUUCAAACAGAUUUUGUGAGCAUUUACAGGAGAUGACAGGAAGAAUUUACAUCCUAAUUCGCCCAGCUCAAGCCCACGUUGUACUUCCCGAGGAUUUGCUCUGUCCCAUGCUCUGAUUUCAGUCUGUAUUUCUCCCGUCCCUGCUGGGACACAGCUCUGUACAGUAUUUGUAGGACCCUUGUACCCCCCUGCAGCGCUCACCUGGGCCAGGUGAGCAGCUCCCCACACCCGAGUGCUCUCCUCCUGUCUUUGAAGCUGUGGUGUGUGUAAAUGACUCCUGCUGUACAUGAGAAAUGCAGUCUGACUGGAAUUCUGCUUGGACACAAUAAAAGCAUUUUGUGCAUCAA